UCGUGUAGGUAUAUAAGUGUGUGCCAUUUGUGUAUUUGUCACAGUCUCUAGCCUCAUCCUCUUGCAACACACACAAAACACUCAUCUCCAAAAUGAAAUCCGUGAUCGCAAUUGCUCUGCUGGUGUGCGCAGUGGCCGCCGGACCCAUCGACCCCAAGACUGCUGAGACCACGGUCCAAAAGUUUGACAACAUCGGUACCGGACCCUUCGCCUUCAGUUUCGAAACGAACGACGGCAAGUCGGUGUACGCUGAGGGUCAGCUGAAGAACUUGGGCACUGAAGGAGAGGCCCUCGAGGUUCGCGGCCAGUACUCUUACCCUGGUGACGACGGUGUUAUCUACACCAUCACCUACAUCGCCAACGAGCUCGGUUACCAGCCCCAGGGCGCCCACAUUCCCUAAGCCUGACGACCCCCGCAAGUUAACACCAGCUUCACUGCCGACUGAACACCAACAUAGUCGCUUGUAUAUAGAGUGAUGAUUUAAUAUAAGUUAUUCGUUAUUAAUAA